CGCCCCUAUGCCGCUCCUUCAUUGGCCUGAGUGUCCCUUCCUGUCGGCCCGCCCACCCCGCGCUGUGGCCUCGCCCUCGCGCCUGGUUUGAAGGCUGGUCCCGCCUGCUGCCCCUGAGCACCGGCGGGUUUCCGCUCGUGGCGCGGGGUUCUGAAAGUAGGAGGGACACCUGAACGCUCCGCGAGACCCAAGGAGCAGAGAGGAGGGAGUCAGAGGCGGGCCUGACGCCCGCUCAGACCUCCCGGAGAAUUGUCGCAGAGGUGGCGGACUUUGAUCUGGGCCUCGAAGAGGAAGAAUUUGAGAAAAGCAGGCGAGGCCUUCCAGGAGAUUUUUGGGAAAUUAUGAGUUACUUCUGUUCAAGCAUUGAGAGGCAAAAUGACCAAAGUGGAAAAGGAUGAACCUCCUUUUCCUUUCCGGGAAUAUAUCAUUUGCCAUUGAGUUUGUGUUGCAAAAUUUUCUGCAAGAAUUCAAGAGAAUAUUUAUUGAUUUGAUAAGCACAAGUACUGAAACGGCAUUGCCAGAGUGCUAAUUGACAGAAGUCUUACAUGGGUUAGGAUUUAGUUUCCCUGUAACUUCUAAACCAAUGGAGAGAAAAUGGGAAGCAAAACUGAAGCAAAUUGAAGAACGAGCAUCUCGUUAUGAGAAGAAACCGUUGCCCUCGGUAUACAGACCAAGAUUGUCCAAGCUAGAAGAACCACCCUCCAUUUGGAAAUUAUUCCAUCGGCAAACUCAAGCUUUUAAUUUUGUUAAAAGCUGUAAAGAGGAUGUUCACGUAUUUGCUUUGGAAUACAAAGUGGGCGAUGGACAACGUAUUUACCUGGUGACAACCUAUGCUCAACUUUGGUUUUAUUAUAAAUCCCGGAAAAAUCUCUUACACUGCUAUGAAGUCAUUCCUGAAAAUGCUGUGUGCAAGCUUUAUUUUGAUUUGGAAUUUAACAAACUUGCCAAUCCAGAAGCUGAUGGAAAAAAGAUGGUUGCAUUACUCAUUGAGCAUGUUUGUAAAGCACUUCAAGAGCUAUACAGGGUUAAUUGUUCACCCGAAGAUGUUUUCAACUUGGAUUCCAGCACUGAUGAAAAAUUUAGCCGUCAUCUAAUAUUUCAGCUUCGUGAUGUGGCAUUUAAAGAUAACAUUCAUGUUGGUAAUUUUGUGAGAAAAAUUUUGCAGCCUGCUUUUCAUUUAAUUGGCAGGGAAGAUGACGAUAGUACUUCAGAGACCACGGGCCAUGAAUUUUCCUGUUUUCCUGAAACGCCAAUUAAACAAGGAAUUUCCUGUAGCAAAAUGUCCUCAGAUACAGACAGAAAAGAGAGCUGGGCCUGGAAUUCAAAGGAACGGGAGAGCCCGGGCUCAGCUAAGCUGAGCAGUCCUGACCUAUCAUUUUUAGUUGUGAAGAAUAAUGUAGGAGAAAAGCAUCUUUUCGUAGACCUCGGAGUUUAUACAAGAAAUAGAAACUUCCGGCUGUAUAAGUCAUCGAAGAUAGGGAAGCAGGUGGCUUUGGAGAUUGCUGAAGACAACAGAUUUUUUCCUGAACAGUCCAAGAAUAUUUCUGAAGAAAAUCAGUAUUUCCUGUCUUCUUUGGUCAGCAAUGUCAGAUUCUCAGAUACUUUACGCAUUCUGACCUGUGACACAUCUCAGAAUGAACAGAAGCGAGUUGAAUAUUUUAACAGUACCAGCACUAAAGCAGGGAACAUUGAAGGUUUUCAUUGUUCACCCUACCCUGAAAUUGACCAGUUUGUUCUUUCUUUGGUGAAUAAAAAUGGCAUUAAAGGAGGAAUUCGACACUGGAGCUACUUUUUCCCAGAGGAAUUACUGGUUUAUGAUAUUUGUAAAUAUCGCUGGUGCAGAAACAUCGGGAGGGCCCACAAGAGCAAUAAUAUCAUGAUUUUGGUUGAUCUGAAAAAUGAAGUUUGGUAUCAGAAAUGUCAUGACCCUGUCUGUAAAGCAGAAAACUUCAGAUCAGACUGUUUUCCGUUACCUGCCGAAGUGAGUCUCCUGUAUCUUCUCAAAGAGGAAGAAGAGUUCACAGCAGCUGAAACAAUGAACAGUGACACCGGAAGUGCUCAGAAGCCACCAUCGGGCCUGUCGUCAGAAGGUGCCGUUUCCGACGCCGACUGGGACGAUGGCCUUGACGAGACUGACUUUGUGGAAGCUACUGAAGAUGCUGAACUAGCCGAAGCCGCAGAGAGCGGGCUCCUCGGUUACUGCGGUGGGGAGGAGGACAUUCCCGAUGAGCUCAUCGUGCAGACAUCAUAUCCCCAUAAUCCUGGGAGAUGGGUUAACAAGCAAAUAUCUGAAGCCUGCAGACCAGUGCCCAGCGCACCAAGGAAGCUUGUUCAAAUGUGGUUUCCUUUGGGCCUGAGCCCCUGGAAACUUUUCCCCAGUCCGGCACUGGCCCAGGCGGGACAGGGGAGCCAACGCGCUGGACCCUCUCCCAAACCUCUCUGGCAUUCCUGUCUCAGACUCGGCACUGGAAUUACAGGUGUUCUUUUCUGAUCAUGCCACUUUCUCACCCUGUUUUGCAACACUCUUCAGAGCACAGAGUGGACCUGACUGCUGCUCCUUCUGCUGCUCUAGGACCCAUUCAGCCAGUUGUCCUGGCCGCAUGGAAGGCCUCCUGAGCCCUGCGUGCAGGCGAUCCCACCGCGGGGUCCCAGGGUCCUAGACCCCGCACACGGGGGCCUGUUCACAUCACACAAGCACCACGUCAGCGAUCACAGUAACAAGAACCGGUAACACACACGGCACCAGCUGACUGGUGUCACCGUGAAGCACUCUGCAUGUUUAGUCAUUUAGCCCUCCCAGCGCCCUGGGAGGGGUGGGUAUCGUGCUCCUUUACUGAAGAGGAACUAGCCCUGGGAAGGUCAGCAGCCCGACCCAAGGGGGCACAGCCGGUAAGUAGCUGAACCUGGGUUUGAACCCAGGUAUCCAGUCCCAGAGUCUGCACACUAAAUCUCUACGUGGGCUGCCUCAUGGGCCGGGGUCAGAUCUGACCGCAGACAGAUCCGUGCCGAACUCUCUUUUGCCAAAAGCUCCAGCUCCGCAGCACGACCACCUUCACUGAGCUUCCAGACACCAAGAACACCUGGGAUCGCAGGACAAUACAGACCUCAGCGGUGGCCCCUCCCCCCACCCCCACUGUACUGUAAUCACUUCCCUUCAGGUAAGUUCUUAGAGGAGCUUAGAUAAGACAUUAUCUUACCGAAGCAGUUCAUCCUGGAGUUCAAGCAAACGCUGCCUUUUCUUUUCAAUAUCUGAAAUAAUCUAAAGCAAGACAACAAUUUGUUAAAAUAACUCCCUAAAUAUUCCAGCACUGCUAGUGACCCCGUACCAGGUGUUAGAGAUGGAGGGGGAAAGAGACCGCAGGGGCAUUUACUCCAAGACAACUCUAAAGGGGAAGCAGGGGCCAGACCUUUCAGACCCCACGAGCCAUCCAGUAAGGAGUUGGGAUUUUAUGUAGGUACACCAGGAAAAUGCUGAUGCAGGAGACUGCCCAAAUCCAAUCUGUGUUUUAAAGAGAUUAUUUAUAUAUUACAGAUUAUUAUUUCAGCUGUCCCUUUUAGGGACACUGGACAGUCAGACUGUUCCCUUGCAAGGAAUGCAGAGCUGACCAGCAGGACAAUGAAACGGAAGGAGAAAAACCCAGCAAAGGUCUAUAAAUCGUGGAAACAAAAGUAUAUGCGCUUCAACUCCAUUUCUAUUAUAAAUGUGAAGGGGGAGCCACUCUUCCAGUCCUGGAUUCACGUAAGCGUGGAGCUCAGAGGUCAUCUGGUCACACACACACACCGAUGGGCAAGUAAGGCCCGGGGCUCCCUGACUUGUUUCUCCUCAAUAUCCUCGUGGUACAGAGUUUCUAAGGUGGGACAACACUGAAGUAGAAGAACCAGGACAAGAAAUGAGGUCGCUGAACCCUUACCACAGAAUUCUUCCCAGGCUGUCCCUUGACUUGAGACUGGAACAGUUCUUUAUGCUAAAAGGUUUUAUUCUCUGACAGCCACAAAAGCAAUAAAUAUGUAUUACUUAAUAAUUAGUAACAGUUAAUACCAUGGAAGUCGUAUUUGGGCCUUGAAGGCUGCCUUAGGCUGGCUGGGGUCCCCAUCCCUUCGCGUGCAUUGGUAUUAAUAGUCCACAACCGCAAGACCAACCAGAUAAAAUCCUGACUUUAAAAAAAAAAAAAAACCU